AUGACCACAGUCUGGCAGUACAAGACCUCUGGUCGUCUAUCUCAGACAUUAUCCGAAGCGACGCGGCCCAUCCCGGUCCCGGGCGAUGGCGAGGUCCUCGUCGAGAUCAAGGCGGCGGGCCUCAACCCCGCAGAUGAACAACUAGCCCAGUCUACAGCUGCGUUGCUGUGGUUUAUCGGUGCGACACCGCCAACGAGCGAGACUCCCUUGGUGCCCGCGUCCGACUUUGCCGGUGUCGUCCGCGCGGUCGGUGCCAACGUUACCGAGUUUGAGGUCGGGGAUCAAGUCCACGGUCAGCGGUUUGCGGCUGAUGGGAACGGGUUCCUCUGCACGCAUGUGGUUCUGCCGGCCUCGGCGCCGUUUGUCAAGAUGCCCCCCGGUCUGGGGUUUGUCGAUGCGGCUGCGGCCCCCAUGGCGUAUACGACCGUCUACGAUGCGCUGACGCACUGGGGCCGCCUGCCCUUCCCUUCUGGCGGGCUCGGGUAUACCAUCCUCGUCCUCGGUGGGAGCAGCGGCACGGGGUCGCUUGCCGUGCAGCUGUCCCGCCAGAUGGGAUGCACCGUCGUCGCGACGUGCUCGACGCCCAACGUCGAGCUCGUCAGGUCGCUCGGCGCCGAGGACGUCAUCGACUACAAGACCCAAGACGUCGUGGCGAGGGCGCGCGCCCUGGGGCCGUACGCCGUCAUCCUCGACUGUGUGGGCGGCACAGACCUCAUCCCGCACCUGGACGAGCUGUUGCUCGAAGACGAGCGCACGCCAGACGUGGGCAUCUACGUUACAAUCGUGGGCGACAACCCCAGCCGCGACAGCUUUACGGGAGCCGUGACAAACUACUCCAACCCCGUGCAAGCUCUGCGGACGUGGCGCGGUUUAAUGCAGGACGUCAUCCCGCGCUGGGUUCCCGGUCGCCAGUGGGUCGUGGGCAAGCGCUAUGCGUGCAUCAACGUUAACGAGACAAAGGAUAAGCUUCGCACGUACCAGAUGUUCCUCGAGCAGGGGGGCAGGGUUCUCAUCGACCAAGUGUUCCCCUUUGGGCAGGCGAGGGAGGCGUAUGCUCGCGUCGAGAGUGGCAGAGCCCGUGGCAAGGUUGUCGUGGACGUGGGCACUGGUGGCCAAGCGCGCGCUCGUUUGAGUGCCGAGGCUUCCAGGGCUGGUCCUUCCUCCUCAGCCGCGGCUUGA